AUGCAUGUUAUUUUAAGUUAUUUACCAGAAAAUGUUCGAGUUGAAGAACAAGCUUUUGGUAGAACAGCUAGAAAUGGAGCACAAGGUACUGGUCAAUUUAUUUUAUUAGUAGAUAAAUCUAUUUAUGAAGAAAUGUAUGAUUUAAAUCAAUAUACUAAUGAACAAAAACAGAAUAAAUUAGAAAAUUUAGCAGAUGCUAUUAUUGAAAAAGAAAAAAUUCUUAGGGAUAAUGAAGAAGCAGCUCGAUUAUCAGAAUUAAAACAAAAAAAUAUUCUUCAUCUUGAAGCUGAAGAAGAACUUUUUACAAAAUUUAAUCAUUUUAAGAGUACAAUAUCUAAAACAAUCUUUAAACCAUUAUUUAAUGAUAAACCAGAAAAAUCUCAACAGAAAUUUAUUGAUGCUUUUGAAAAUAUUUUAAAAAAUCGUUGGGCAUUUUGGUUAGAUAAAGCAAAAGAAGAAAUCGACACUAUUGAAAAUUUUCAACAAAAACUUAAUCUUUUAAAUAAAUUUGAUUCUUCAUUUAUUGAAAAUUUAAACCAACUAUUACAUAAUUCAUCUUUUAAAGAUUUAUUAAGUAAGUUUAUUAAUCAACCAGAAGAAGCUACUCAUAUUGGAAAAGUUUGUCUUUCAGAAAAUGAAAUUUCAAUGGCUAAAUUAUGUUUUGAAAAAGGAAUAGAAUAUGGAGAUAUUUCAGGUUUUUCACAUAUAGCACUUGCUUAUUGUAUUAUUACAUUAAAAAAAAAAACUGGCGAAGAUAUUAAAAAACAAUCGCGAAGAGAAUUAAAACAAGCUCUUUGUUCAUUAGAAUUAAUUAAACAAAAUUUAAUGUCAAAUCUUAAAAUUGCUGAACUUCUUUCUCAAUCAGCUACUGCUGAUAUUUUACAAAAAAUUUCUUCUAAAGAAAAUUUUUAUCAAGAUCAAAUUACUGGAAAAUUAGAAGUUAUUGGAUUACAGUUACAUUAUUUACGUCAAGCUGUAAGAGAUACAGUCGAAUCUUUUGAUUUUAUUUUACAUGCAAAAGAUAGACAAAAUCUAACAAAAGAAGAUGAUGAAAAAAGGAGAAAAAUUAUAUAA